UGCGCAGGUGCAUAGUGCUCCUUCAGCUCCGCACUGUUAUACCUGCAGCUUGACAGUCUUCCGGCGGCUGUGCGCAUGAGCAUUCUGCUGAGAGAGGCUGUGGUUGGGAUGAUGGCGGCUUCGAGUGCGCGGCAGGACGAGUCGGAGGAGAAAGAUGAUUACAUGUCGGAUGUGUUCGUCAAUCUGCAGCAGGAUGUUAAACCAGGACUGAUAAUGGUAAGGAGAGUGAAGGAAGAAAUCCUUAAGCGAGAGCGUGCAAUGGAAUUGAUCCUGGAAAACAAGCAGAAGAGCAAAAAAGAAGAGGAGAAAGAGAGGCGUGAGACUAAAUUACAGAGCUCAUUAGGAAGUGAAAACAAGGGCUUCACGUUGCUUCAGAAGAUGGGAUAUAAAGAAGGUCAUGGUCUUGGCAAAAGUGGAAAUGGAAUUGUUGAACCUAUUCCACUGCAGAUUAAGACCGGACGUGCUGGAAUUGGCCAUGAGGCAGCACAGAAACGGAAAGCCGAGGAAAAGGUAGAACACAGCAAACAAAUGUCACAAAUGAAAAAACGAGCAGAAGAAUUUGCCCUUAAUGAAUAUAGGCUACAGGUCAGGAAAAAAAAGGAUCAACUUCAAAUGGAAGGAGACUUAAGGAAGAGUCAAGUUGCCUGUCAACAGCUGGAUUUACAAAAGGGUAUAGAUGUUCCACAAGAAGCAUGGUAUUGGUUACCCACUUCCAUCGAUGAUGAUGAUGAUGAUGGAAAGGAGGAGGAAGAAGAAUCAAGUGGACGGGAUUAUGAAAUGUUUCGCACAAUUGAGGAAAAACUGCUGAUUUUGACCAGCUAUCUCAGGAGAAAAUACUUCUACUGUGUCUGGUGUGCAAUUUCUUACCAAGAUGAGGAAGACCUAUCUGAUAACUGUCCUGGGGAUUGUGCUGCUGACCACUGCUGACUGAUGAAGCACAGUACAGAGCAAACAGAAAUAGCAUUGGUGGUGGCAUGGCACUGCACUGCACUUCCGAGACUGGCAUGGAGUGUUCUGAAUAUGAGAAAAAACUUCUAAUACUCAAUUGUCAAUUCUGAGCUGGUGUUGGCGAUGUGUUCUCCAACUUGUAUUUGAAGAAAAUGAACUGAAUGAUGCCAUUUUCAUUGUGAUACUGGACUGUCAUCUUUACAACCUUUUGAUAGAUGGGCAACUGUACAUGUAAAAUAUUUGUACUUUUGACAUUUUAUUUUAAAGUACCUCUGUAUUUAAUGAUUUAUAUUGUGUUCCUUUAUUUGCCUGAAAAUAAUUCACUGGGUAUACUUCCCUUGACCUUAUGAAAUUCCACAUUGUGGAUCAAAGUCUAUUAAAUUUCAAUCCCUGCAAAGCACAAAUUUUUGUGCUCUGAAAUGAAGGCAGAUGCAACUAGAACAUAGAACAAUACAACACAGAAUAAGCCCUUCGGCCCUCGAUGUUGCGCCGACCUGUGAACUAAUCUCAGCCCCUCCCUCUACACUAUCCCAUCAUUAUCCAUAUGCUUAUCCAAGGACUAUUUAAAUGCCCCUAAUGUGGUUGAGUUAACUACAUUGGCAGGCAGGGCGUUCCAAGCCCUUACCACUCUCUGAGUAAAGAACCUGCCUCUGACAUCUGUCUUAAAUCUAUCACCCCUCAAUUUGUAGCUAUGACCCCUUGUACAAGAUGAAGUCAUCAUCCUUGGAAAAAGACUCUCACUGUCCACCCUAUCUAAUCCUCUGAUCAUUUUGUAUGUCUCUAUUAAAUCCCCUCUUAGCCUCGUUCUCUCCAAUGAGAACAGACCCAAGUCCCUCAGCCUUUCUUCAUAGGGCCUGUGCUCCAGACCAGGCAACAUCCUGGUAAAUCUCCUCUGCAGCUUUUCCAAUGCUUCCACAACCUUCCUGUGAUGGGGUGACCAGAACUGCAUGCAAUAAAUCAGAUAAAAUGUAAGAGACCCCACAGAGGCAAGGUAGCUGAUGAGGCAUGUUUGGUAAAAUAUGGUGAGAAUUCCUACCGGGUCUAAUCGCAAGAAUCCCUCCAAAAAAACUCAACUUGCCCUUAGCCAAAAAAAGGUAAGAUUUAGCUCAUAGACUUGGUUUGUGCAGAAAGUUUAUUGACUAUGCUUGUUGGAUAGUUCUCUCUCCUAGUCUCAGGUGUUCUACUUUUAUAUAUCAUACUGAAAUCAAUCAAUUAAAUGCUAAAAAGUUUUCAUUCUAACCUUAAUACUUGCUGUAUUCUCAGAUUUCCAUUGUCUCUUUAAAUAUAUUUUUUACUUGUAUCCAAUCCUUAAAAUUCAUGAAAAAUUUGUUUGCGUUCUAUAUUUUGCAUUGUAAUUCAUAUCAACCUUCCAAAUGCCUCCUCUUUUUUGACGAAAAAUGUUGCAACAUGUUCAGCUAUAAAGCAAUCCAAACA